AUGUCUGACGAUUGGGAUACCGCUACCAAGAUCGGAAGCCGCACUCGUGGCUCCGGCGCCGCCCAGCGCGAGACUGUUGUUCGAGGAAAGGCCGCUCUCAACGCUGCCCAACGAGCUGGUGGUCUCUCCACCGAGAAGAAGUACUCCUCUGCCAACGCUGGUUCCGCACCAGAGGGUCAGCGCAUGACAAAGGUUGACCGUUCAGACGACAUCAUCAAGCCCAACACUAUCGGCAAGACUGUUGGCGACGUCAUCUCCAAGACCCGACAGCAGGUCGAGCCCAAGAUGACCCAGAAGGACCUUGCCACCAAGUGUAACACCACCCAGGCCAUCGUCGCCGAUUUCGAGCGAGGCAGUGCCACCCCCGACCAGAAGGUGCUCAGCGCCAUGGAGCGGGUGCUCAAUGUCAAGUUGCGAGGCAGCGAUAUUGGCUCCCCCAAGUUCCCCAACAAGAAGUGA